CCAUGUCUUUUUAGAUUCACUGAACAAAACCUGGUUUUCUUGAGUGCCUUGACAGCACCUCAGCACUUCACUGGGGGUCAUGUCUACACCUGAGAUUAUAUAACCACACCUAAGUGAAGGUUUUUAGCCAGAGCUAAAACCAAUCUACAGUGCUGUGAAAUAGAAGAGACACAGGACCAGGAAUGGCAAACAGACUGCAGCAUUGCAGAAGAAAGCAUAGGUUGCACAGUGGAACAUCAAGACCAUUAAAAAGGUCAUUCACACCUAUGGGAUGAAGAGACAUUAGCAGGAAACAGGUAGAUGAUCAUGAGCGCUGAAGUCAAUUAACUCUGCUGCCUGAACCAAAAUGCCACUGCCCCUCCCAGGCAGGUGGUGUUACAGUUCGGGUAGAGCAGAAAUCAAAGGGAACUGCCCCCCACCAGAUCCGCCCCUGAAUUCAGCCCAUUGCUUCUAUCCUGUGCUUAUUCCAGGACCCCAAACGCAAGUGACAGGGAAGGAGCAAGCUCGAGCCUCCCCCUUCUUCCAGAGGAGAAUCCAGGCUCUGGCAGCGGUUCACAAGGCCAACAUACCUGCCAGCCCCUAGACAGGCUGCAAGAAACCCUCCGCGCCCCGCCCUGCCAGCCCCAGGCAAGGUCAAGAAACUACAAGCCCCAGCGGGCCGAGCGGCGCCAGGCCUCCACAGCCUACAAGUCCCUGCAAUCGGCUCCCCCGGCGACGAGCCACCAGCUCCCGGCAUUCAAAGCGGCGUCAAGCCGCCACCAACUACAAGUCCCAUCAGCCCCUACAGCUCCCAGCAUGCAAAGCGGCGGGGAGACCGCGCGGGCCGCCCUGGAUCCCCGCGGGCCCGGGGAGCGCGGCGCGGCGCUGCGGCCAUUCAUGCGCCGGGCCCCUCUCGGGCGCCAGGACCACUGCCACGCGGGCUUCCGAUCACCGAUUCAGUCUCCAAGGUCCUCUCCAUCAGUUGGAAUCAACAAGGAAACCCUACAGGGUGAAAUUAAAGAGCUGAAAGAGAAGGACCUCGCUCUGGACCAGGAAAUUGCACAGUUAUUGGCUGAAGGCUACAGCCUGGAUGAAUUGGAGAAACACAUCUCUCUGCUCCAUGAAUACAAUGAUAUUAAAGAUGCUGGACAGAUGCUGCUGGGCAAGCUGGCUGUGAUCCGAGGACUUACCACAAAGGACCUCUAUCCUGAAUUUGAUCUAGAACUCAGUGACUAGCAUUGAUAUGGAGGACUACAGUUUCCUUUAGCUAUUGGACCUUUGUACAUAGGUGACUGAUGCAUUCGGAACCUGUAUACCAGGGCAAUAAAUAUGUAGACUUUCAAGGGUGCUGUCUACUGCCUUAGAUCUGUAAAUAACUAAAUUCUAGAACACAAAAGCUAUUGAAUUAAUUGCCUGUUUUCAGGGAAGGAGCAUCCUUCUCUUCUGGAAUGAGGAUGUUUUGGGUGACGUCAGUUUUUGACUUCUCUUCUUGGUGAGAGUUUAAAAAAAAACAAACAACUUACAGAAGAUUGUAAUUCAGAGUUCAUGUUUAACCCCUUUCCCAGCUGGCCCUCACAUCUGGACAAUGUGACAAGGGUUACUGGGAGGGUGGAAUGAGACAGCAGUUGUUGGUAAGUGGGCAGAUGAAAGGCCAGAAGGACUGGGGGAACAUGCAGUGUGACAGGUUAAAAAAACACUAAGUAAGAAAGGACCUGCUGAGAGUAAAGUGCUUGUAGGCCUCACCCUCAUGUUGUGGGUGUUCAGCCUCUUAAGUGUCCCACUGGACUGGGUUCUAGAAGGCGGUUAUGGUUGUGCAUUAUUUGUAAUAUUAAAUAAAUGGAAAAGCCUGAACUUGUGUUAAGGUAUCUAAUUUGAAUAAGUUGGCUCUUGUUUCUCAGCCACUCCCUUUACCAGCCUGUAGAGAUGCUAAGGAGAAUGCUAUCAUGUUCCCUGGUAGUGAACUAACUUGUAGACAGACACUUCCCGAGAGGCAGCAAUGCGGUCAGUAUUAGCACCAAUGCUGCCAGCUGCAGGCAACAGUGGACACAAGGAGAGACCCUCUCCUGAUUUCCAGGUGCCUGGUUGCAGCUAACUUCAGCAGCAUCUUGAGAUGAGCAAAACUUGUAGCAGAGAAUAGUAAGGCUGCAAAGUAGGGCAUUAGAGUUGAUAACCUUACAUUGUGGCAUUUUUUUUCUGUUACCUUGAUGCUUUCCUCUUCUGCCUAUGCAUUCUGCUAGGGACCUAAACUCCAUGGAUGGAGUCCUGCAGAAAAGUCAUGUGAUCCAGGGAUCCCGGUUUUCUCUGAUAAAACCCCCAAAACUCUCUGAUUAAAAUCCCUGUUUUUCCAUGAUUAAACUGAAAUGCUAUUCUAUAUAGGUAUCAGUUGACUACAGUGUUUUAUUGAUAAAUUUACAGUUCUAAAGCAAUUUGGAAGCCUACUGGUGCCUUAAUCAUUAUAAAAAUGUUUACAUACCUGUA